UCGUUGUCAUGGAAAACAAAGUGUGCUUUUGCGCCAUCGAUCAAGUUUAAUUCUUUAUUCCGACACAAAAACAUUUACUUCCAAAAUGGGCUAUGAAAAUUGGUUGAAUUUUUUGCAAUCCGCUGAGAAGAACUCCAUGAUGAGCGGCAAACUGCGCAAAGUGCUGUACAAGUUCCCCGAUGGUCAGCAAAUGGCCGAGGAGUACAAUUUGGAUACGGGAAUUGUGCAGCGUCGCGCUUGGCGCAAGUGCAAACAGCUAAUGGGCCAACCAGAGUGGGAAAUUGAACUCGGCGAGGAGCCACGUCAAAUAAACUACGGUGGAGCAGGAGCUGGCGAUGCAGAUUCAAUGUCUGGUAGUGAAUUCACAGUACGUGAGAGCAACUCUGAACCGCUGCUGACCAAGCGAGUGACCAAAAAGAACAUUGAGUGGCGCAUACGCAAUCUACCAUAUCCGCUCAAUGUGUACAAUGUUUCCGCCGAUGCCCAGAAGCGUGCUAUUGUGGUGCGCACAUCCAAUAAGAAGUAUUACAAAGUGAUACCAGUACCUGAUCUUGAUCGCUGCGGUGUGCCACCAGUGCAGGCAAAUAUCAGUAUACACCAUCAGUUCAACACACUCAUUAUAACCUACCAAAAACCGGAUAUAAUGUGUGAGAUGGAGGCACAGGUGCUACUGUUACUGAAAAACGUGGAGACGGAGACAGACAUGGAUGAUCUGCUUAAGGGCCUAAUGGCCAAAUAAAAAAACGUUGCGUGUUGAAAA